GUAUUGUAUCUGAGGAAUAUAAUUUUCUAGAGAGAAAGAAAGCAGUUGUAGAGAGAGAAAAGGCACAUUUGUGCUCCAAAUCUAGAGCGAGAAAGCUUCAGUAAUCGAUCCCUCGAAGAUCUGAUAAUAUAUUUGGUGUUUCUUUCGGUGCAUUUCUGGAAUCAAAGACGGGGCGGCUGCGAUGUCGUCUCUCAGUAGAGAGCUUGUGUUCUUGAUCUUACAGUUUUUAGAGGAGGAGAAGUUUAAAGAGACUGUUCACAAACUUGAACAAGAAUCUGGGUUUUUCUUCAAUAUGAAAUAUUUUGAGGAUGAGGUGCACAAUGGCAAUUGGGAUGAGGUUGAGAAGUACCUCUCUGGCUUCACAAAAGUAGACGAUAAUCGAUACUCUAUGAAAAUAUUUUUUGAGAUAAGGAAGCAGAAAUAUCUUGAGGCAUUGGACAAGCAUGAUCGGCCCAAGGCUGUUGAGAUAUUGGUAAAGGAUUUGAAAGUUUUCGCAACAUUUAAUGAGGAGCUUUUCAAGGAAAUCACUCAGCUUUUGACAUUGGAGAAUUUUAGGGAGAAUGAACAGUUAUCCAAGUAUGGAGAUACAAAGUCUGCAAGAGCAAUUAUGUUGGUUGAGCUCAAGAAGCUUAUUGAGGCAAAUCCUUUAUUCCGUGAUAAAUUACAGUUCCCUAACCUUAAAAAUUCAAGGUUGCGGACUCUUAUAAACCAGAGCUUGAAUUGGCAACAUCAACUUUGUAAAAACCCCAGGCCAAAUCCAGAUAUUAAAACUCUAUUUGUGGAUCACUCAUGUGGACAACCAAAUGGUGCACGGGCUCCAUCACCUGCAAAUAAUCCUCUUCUCGGAUCCUUACCAAAAGCCGGAGGUUUACCUCCUCUGGGUGCUCAUGGGCCAUUUCAGCCUGCACCAGCAACAGUUCCAGCACCACUUGCAAGUUGGAUGUCUAAUCCAUCCACUGUAACUCACCCAGCUGUUUCUGGAGGGUCAGCUAUUGGUCUUGGUGCUUCUUCAAUACCAGCUGCUUUGAAGCACCCUAGGACUCCCCCAACUAACCCCUCAAUAGACUAUCCAUCAGCUGAUUCUGAUCACAUUUCUAAAAGAACAAGGCCCCUGGGGAUUUCUGAUGAGGUAAAUCUGCCUGUUAAUAUGCUGCCCAUAACAUUUCCAGGCCAUGGUCAUGGUCAUGGUCAGGCUUUCAAUGUACCUGAUGACUUGCCAAAGAUUGUUUUAAGAACUUUGAAUCAAGGGUCUUCUCCUAUGAGCAUGGAUUUUCAUCCUGUUCAGCAAACCCUGCUUCUAGUUGGUACCAAUGUGGGGGACAUUGCAUUGUGGGAAGUUGGUUCAAGGGAGCGACUGAUUCUAAAAAAUUUCAAAGUUUGGGAUCUUACUGCUUGUACAAUGCUUCUUCAGGGAGCCCUUGUCAAAGACCCAGGUGUAUCUGUUAACCGUGUAACUUGGAGUCCUGAUGGCGCUUUAUUUGGGGUGGCUUACUCGAGGCACAUUGUACAAAUAUAUUCUUAUCAUGGUACUGAUGAUGUGCGGCAGCAUCUGGAGAUUGACGCUCAUGUUGGUGGUGUAAAUGAUCUAGCAUUCUCAUAUCCAAAUAAACAGCUUUGUGUCAUAACCUGUGGUGAUGACAAGACAAUCAAGGUGUGGGAUGCUGUUAGUGGUGCAAAACAGUAUACCUUUGAAGGUCAUGAGGCUUCUGUUUAUUCUGUCUGCCCUCACUAUAAAGAAAAUAUUCAGUUUAUCUUCUCAACAGCACUUGAUGGAAAGAUAAAGGCAUGGUUGUAUGAUAAUUUAGGAUCUAGAGUUGAUUAUGAUGCUCCUGGGCGGUGGUGCACAACCAUGGCAUACAGUGCUGAUGGUACAAGGCUCUUUUCUUGUGGAACUAGUAAAGAAGGGGAUUCAGCUAUUGUUGAAUGGAAUGAAAGUGAAGGGGCUGUAAGGAGGACCUAUCAAGGACUCCGCAAACGUUCUUCUGGUGUUGUGCAAUUUGAUACGACUAAAAACAGAUUUUUGGCUGCUGGUGAUGAUUUCUCCAUUAAAUUCUGGGAUAUGGACAACAUCCAGCUAUUGACAACCACCGAUGCUGAUGGAGGCCUCCCAUCAAGCCCACGAAUCCGCUUCAACAGGGACGGAUCUCUCUUGGCUGUUUCUACAAGUGAUAAUGGGAUUAAAAUUUUGGCAAAUUCUGAUGGUGUUCGUUUAUUGCGAACUUUUGAAAAUCUUUCUUAUGAUGCAUCAAGAGCUGAAGCCUCAAAGCCUACAAUUAGUCCAAUAUCCCCAGCAGUAGCAGCAGCAGCAGCAGCAGCAGCAUCAGCAUCUGCUGCUACGAGUAAUGGACUUGCAGACAGAAGUGCCCCUGUGGUUGCUAUUGCUGGAAUGAAUGGGGAUGCUCGAAGUUUGGGGGAUGUUAAACCUAGAAUUUCUGAGGAAACUGGUGAGAAAUCAAAGAUUUGGAAGCUCACUGAAAUUAAUGAACCAUCUCAAUGUCGAUCCGUGAGGCUUGCAGAAAACUUGAGAGUGACAAAGAUAUCAAAGUUAAUCUUUACCAAUUCAGGGAGUGCUAUUUUGGCAUUAGCAUCAAAUGCCACUCACCUGCUCUGGAAAUGGCAACGAAAUGAACGUAAUGCAUCGGGCAAGGCGACUGCCAGUGUGCUGCCUCAGUUAUGGCAACCAGCAAGUGGCAUUCUUAUGACGAAUGAUAUUACUGACACAAAUCCUGAAGAGGCUGUUCCCUGCUUCGCUUUAUCCAAGAAUGACUCUUAUGUAAUGUCAGCAUCAGGAGGAAAGAUUUCCUUAUUUAAUAUGAUGACAUUUAAGAUGAUGGCAACUUUUAUGGCACCGCCUCCAGCAGCAACAUUUCUUGCUUUCCAUCCCCAAGAUAAUAAUAUUAUUGCUAUUGGCAUGGAUGAUUCAUCGAUUCAGAUAUAUAACGUCCGUGUAGAUGAGGUUAAGAGCAAACUUAAGGGUCACUCCAAAAGAAUUACAGGCCUUGCCUUCUCUCAUGUACUAAAUGUGCUAGUCUCAUCUGGAGCUGAUGCUCAGCUUUGUGUAUGGAGCACUGAUGGAUGGGAAAAGCAGAAGGCCAGAUUCUUGCCAGUUCCAGCUGGAAGGACUACAACAGCAAUUUCAGACACGCGUGUACAAUUCCAUCAAGAUCAGCUUCAUUUCCUCCUUGUGCAUGAGACUCAGCUGGCCAUAUAUGAAACAACAAAGCUAGAUUGUGUAAAGCAGUGGGUCCCCCGGGAAUCUUCUGCUUCAAUAACUAAUGCAACAUUCUCUUGUGAUAGCCAACUGGUAUAUGCUAGCUUUUUAGAUGCGACUGUCUGCAUCUUUAACUCUGCAAGCCUCAGGCUACGUUGUCGAAUUAAUCCUUCUGCUUAUCUUCCUUCUAGUAUCAGUUCUAGCGUCCACCCACUUGUAAUUGCUGCACAUCCACAAGAAGCCAAUCAGUUUGCUUUGGGCCUUUCAGAUGGAGGGGUUCAUGUAUUUGAACCUCUUGAAUCUGAAGGCAAAUGGGGAGUGCCUCAACCUAUUGAAAAUGGUUCAGCAAGCAGCACACCGGCUCCAGCUCCAACUCCAGUUGGAGCCACUGCUUCAGAACAAGCUCAGAGAUAAGGAGCAGGUGCCAAAGCACAAGUUCUCUUUUUCAUAUUGCUUGGUUUUGCUGGGUAGUUUCUAUUUAGUUCGAGAAUCAAGAUAUGGGACCAGAGAACAAGAAGCAGAUAUGUAGAUUUAACAUGUUUAGUAGAUAUAAUAUACAUAAACUUAUAAUGCUGUAGUAACACAGAUAGUGAAGUGUUAUCCUUGUCCUCUCCUUAUUUCCUCUCUGGAGGGUAAAAUUCUCAAGAGGAAAGAUUUAAUGUCCUCUCCUAGUUAUUUAUUUCCCAUACAUUUUCUCAGUUUAUAUAAUGUAAUAGCAAAUGCUGCUUUACACCU